AUGAUAUACAACACGACGAGAGCUUCACUUCUCGGCUCUACCCGUAAGUUACGCUAUUCUCUUCGUGUUACGCAUGAUUCCCUGAAAUUUCUAGAUCCUCUGUUUAGAAACCAGAGCACAGCUGCGGAGACGUUGGGUUUCGUAAACCCUAGUAAUCGAAAUCCAACGGCUACCUCCUCAGAUCACACCGGCUAUAGAAAUGGGUCUAACAGUGGAGAUCAACCCCUUGGUGGGCUUCACCAGAAUUCACAUGGGCAGAGCUUAAACCCAUAUGCGUACAAUCAGUAUCAGAGUAGUGGUAGUUAUGUGGAAAGCAGUGGAAUUUUAAACCAGAGACAUCAGAGUAUUGAUAGUUGCUCCUCACUGGACGAAUUGGAUGCGAUUUGCAGAGAAGGGAAGGUGAAAACAGCUGUUGAGAUCAUCAAAUCAUGGAGAAACGAAGGCUAUAUUGUAGAUUUAACCAGACUCUUGUGGCUGGCACAGCUCUGCGGAGAUGCACAAGCUUUGGAAGAAGCUAAAGUUGUUCAUGAGUUUAUUACUUCUUCGGUUUCAUCUUCAGAUAUCAGCGUUCACAACUCGGUAAUAGAAAUGUACUCCGGCUGCGAGGCCGUGGAAGAUGCGUUAACCGUUUUCGAUAGUAUGCCGGAGAAGAACUCGGAGACUUGGUGUGGUGUCAUAAGGUGUUUAGCGAAGAACGGACGAGAGGAAGACGCUAUUGACAUGUUCAAUCGUUUCAAAGAAGAAGGAAAUAAACCAGAUGGGGAAAUGUUUAAAGAGAUCUUCUUCGUGUGUGGUGUGCUUGGUGACAUCAACGAGGGGAUGUUGCAUUUUGAGUCGAUGAGCAGAGACUAUGGAAUCGUCCCUCGUGUGGAGCAUUACGUGAGCCUCGUGAAGAUGUUGGGUGAGCCUGGUUAUUUAGAUGAGGCCUUGAGGUUUGUUGAAUCGAUGGAAGCGAAUGUUGAUCUGUGGGAGACGUUGAUGGAUCUGUCGCGAGUUCACGGGGAUUUAGAGCUCGGUGAGCGGUGUCAAGACAUGGUUGAGGAGCUUGAUGGAAGCAGGCUGAACAAGGAGUCAAAAGCAGGUCUUGUCCCGGUUAGGGCAUCAGACGUGGCGAAAGAGAAGUUACGGAGAAUGGUGAGGAAGAAGAAGUUUGAGGCUGAGAAGAUUAUGGCGGCUGGAGACAUAUCUCGUCCGGAGAACAGAGAGUUUUAUUUGGCGCUGAAGGGUUUGAAAGAGCAUAUGGUGGAGAUUGGUUAUGUGCCUCAGUCCAAACUUGCGUUACACGACGUGGAUGAAGAGAGCAAAGACGAGAACCUUUUUAACCACACGGAGAAGUUCGCUUGCAUCGUUAGCUUUCUCGACACUCCUGCGCGCUCUGAAGUACGGGUGUUGAAGAAUUUACGUGUCUGCGUUGAUUGCCAUAACGCUCUGAAUCUCAUGUCCAAGAUCGUUGGGAGAUUGGUGAUUUCUAGAGAUGCAAAGAGGUUUCACCACAUGAAAGAUGGUGUUUGCAGUUGUAGAGAUUAUUGGUGA